AUGUCAAGAGCUGUGAACUCCAAAGGUGUUGCUGGAACAUCGUCUUCUCCGCUUCAAUCUCAAAUUCGAGUGGAUUCAGGGGAGCAGUCGCAGGAGGUCACUCUGGAACCAGACCUUAGUGGAGAUUUUGUCAAAAUUGAGGAAGAAGAUGUAGAAGAUGAGGUUAAUUUCUGGAAUUCCCCAGUGGUGUGCUGGGUUUUGGGAGCUAAUCGCCCAACUCAGGUCAUGGAAGGAUUCUUCAGACGCAUUUGGAGGACGUUGGGGGUGGAUAAAAUCGGUUUAUUGAAGCAUGGCCUCUUUAUUAUGAUAUUUACUUCUAUGGAGAACAGGGAUAAGGUGCUUGCAGGAGGAUAUUAUUUUUUUGAUAAGAAACCACUGAUGCUUAAAGCUUGGGACCCUAAUGUUUGUUUACAGAAGGAUGACAUUAGAUCGAUACCAAUUUGGAUCCAAGUCCAUAAUAUGGACCUGAAAUACUGGGGUGCACGAUCUUUAUUCAAGAUUGUUGGGCAGCUUGGCAAACCUCUCAGAGAAGACUCGGCCACAAAAAAUAGGGAUCGCUUGCAGUUUGCUAGAAUGAUGGUGGAGGUAAGUGUGUCUCAGGCUUUUCCAUCGUCCAUUAGCUUUAUGGAUGAAAACUUUGAAAUGAUUUGCCUGGAUAUCCACUAUGAAUGA